UAUUUUUCGUUUAAAGCAAAGUUCCAAGUUUUAAAAUCAAAAUAUUAAAUUUGAAUUCAAAGAAUUUAUUUUUUGACGCAGAAUCAAUGUAAAAAUUCAUUGAUUUAGAUGGUUUUUUUUUUGAAUCAAAGUAUUUUUUCGUCAAAUAGUCGACAUAGCUUCUGUUUGGCGGAAAAGUUUUUCCAACAACCAGUCAGACCUAUUUAUUUCAGCGGAAUCUUCCUGCCGGGCAACCCCAGACAGCACGGUGAGAUCCGGCGUAGGAAAGUUUCGACAGCUAUGAAAGGGCAAACGAUAGUGGGCUCCAAGGGCAAUCUUUCAUCCAACCAAUUUGAAGAGGUAACUGUACUGACUAUUCCAGUCCUCCGGCUAAGCGGUUGCAAUCGGUUCCGAUCCGGUCUAAGGAGACACGACGGCUGGCGCCUGAACCCUUUGGUCGAAAGCAACUGUCCACCAACAAAUAUCGUUCAAUGAACCGGUUUAAAAAUUCAAACAAGGGAAGAUCGAUUAUGUGAAGUGGAGAAAGGUAGAACAUCUACUUAUAGAGAAAAAAAACUUACAGAGAAAUAAAAUAUUUUAAAGCAUAAUUUGAUUUCUUUUUAUUUCCAAUAGGACGAAAAUUAAUAAGUAGUACUAGAAUUUUUGGGAACAAAAAAUAGAAUUGAAGAACGAUUUUUUUAAAAUUGAAAUCCAAAUGCCGUUGAAUUAAAGGAAAAUUACAUUAAUUCAAAUGAAAAGGUUUUUGAAUC